AUGGCUAAACGCUCUUUCAAACGCUCUUUGGAAUGGAAGGUCGCGCAGCAACAAAAGAAAAGAGAAGAAGCCCGUAAACGCCGUGAGCAACAAGGAUACAAUCCUGACGACUAUCGACAGAAAGAUUCCGAACGCAGGAGAAAAAGAGCAUCAGGAAAAUCACGAGCUGUUUACAAGGAUCAUGUCAGAAAAUAUCAGGUGUUUCUCCAGGAUGAGAAGAAUAUGCCAGAUGAUCACAAUGUUGGAGAGGGAUAUCCGACACCUACGCUAGAGGAGCUUAAAGAGUUUAUUCGCUGGUAUGCCGUUUCUACCAAGGGUAGGCUUGCUAGAAAUGGGCGGCCUACACGAAACUCGACCUUGAACUGGGCUCAAAAGUUCGUCGCUGGCUUUUACCUCGUGACUGGGAAUGAGAUACCAAAGAACGAUAGUUCAGCCUUCUAUGAGUUCAUAGAAAAUGAAUUAGUCGAAGAAGGAUUCCUAUCAACAGCCACGAAGCCACUGAAUGACUUCGGACUUGAAAGCUUUGAGCGCACUUUUGCUGUUUUCUGGACCUCUGAUGACGCAUGUUUCAUGCCAGGGAGACAUCGUGUCCAAUUUCACUUCAUUACUCUCCAGUUUCUAUGUUCCGCUGCCAGAGUUUCUCACUUUACACCUUCAACCAAAAAUGAAAACGAAGCUCAAACCGAAGCUCAAACCGAAGCUCAAACCGAAGAUCAAACCGAAGAUCAAACCGAAGAUCAAACCGAAGAUCAAACCAAACGGGGCCUUCGUUACAAAGAUAUCCAGCUUGUAUUAUUUCGUACCCAGGAUGAUCCUUGGCUAAUUGGAUGGAGACUGGACCAACGGUUUGUCAAGGGUAAUAAAGACCCUGAUAAUACAGUGUUUGGUACUGCUAUCUGGGACUGUGAUGAACCCAUGUACUCAGGAGCAAUAUAUCUUCUUGCGCUGGCUCUUGCGGAUGGCGCUCUCUUUCAUUUCAAGAGCGCCAAAGAUGUGUUUGAACAAAGAAUUCCGGAAGGAGAAAACGAGAUGGUACUUCGAUGGGAAGAUGAAGCAUUAGAAAGAUGCGUUGUCCGAAGUGUCACAGGCGAAGGUGUCAGUGAGGAUCCAUUAACACAGUGGAAGUAUCAGGCCGACCUCAGCAAGAUCUUGAGGUGGGCUGGUUACUCCAUCACUGCCACGGUUCAUGCCAUGCGUCGUUUUCUAGGAAAGAAAAUUGCAGCCAAAUACACACCGGCUCUUGUGGCGCAGCUUCUUACGCACAGGUCAGAGCAGAUUUAUGGUGACAACUAUCUUGCCAGCUGCUCGGGUGUAGAUGUGGUCAAUGCAAUGAGGGGAAAUGCCGUGGACAAUCGCCUCAUUGACUAUUUGCAAGGCUACGAGCAAUUUCAUGAAAAUGGCCUUCCCCAUCGGCUACCUUUCGAAGAGCAAUUGAAACUUGAUGAGCACCCAGAUUUGGUUGCCAUAGACCGGAAAAUUGAGAAUGCGGCACUACCUGACGAGAGAAGAAGAUUACAGAAGGAGCGAAGUGCUCUUAAGCGACAGCUCCAUCCCAAGGCGUUGCAUGAUUAUCACGACCGAUGGGUGCGGGAACGACGUGACCGGAAAAUUACAUCUGGGGGUAGAGAACGCACAGAAUAUGUUGAGGAGGUUGCAGAAAAGCAGGCACUGGGAAAGAUCAUGCCCGAAUUAGGUCGCUUGACGGGAAUUAUGUCUUGCAAUAAACCGCUUACUUUUCAUGAGAAAGCCAGUGUGGUGGAGGAUCUCCACACCCACUGUCUCCGCGACUUCUCUGUGGUAUAUCUCCCGGGAGAAGACCCCGUGAAAGGCCGAUGUCCAGUGGAAAACUGUCCAGUUGGAGCAGUCAUAUCCAUGUUUGCCGUCGGCGCGAACACGCUGAGAAAUAUCAGAUCCCGUUUCGAAAAGUAA